AUGGUUACUACUAAUCCAGGAACUGUUGUUCAGUUGCGUUAUUUGAGUGAUGAGCACUUUCAACAACUCUUUGUUGCUCAUGCAGUGUCAAUCCAAGGGUUUGCAUUGGGGUGUCGACUUGUCAUUGCUAUUGACUCAUCCCAUAUGAGUGGGCCAUAUAGGGGUGCGUUAUUUUCAGCCACUGCAUACGAUGCUAAUGACUCUAUGUUCCCGUUAGCUUUUGGUGUAAUGAGCUCAGAAAAUUAUGAGGAUUGGUCAUGGUUUUUGCAAAACUUGAAGAAAGUUGUUGCAGAAAAGGAAGUUGUUAUCAUCUCCGAUAGACAUCCAGCCCUACUUCGUAGUGUUCCCGAGGUGUUUGGCCUUGAAAAUCAUGCCUACUUUUACCGUCACUUAAAGGAGAAUUUCAGUACAUUUGUGAGUAAGCAAAUUACAAAAGGAAACAAGGGUAAAGAAAAUGCACUUCAAUUCCUAGAUAGUAUUGCCUAUGCAAAGUUAGAGCAUGAUUAUAAUGUUUCUAUGUAUGAACUACGGAAAUACAAUGAUGCUUUAGCCACAUGGGAGAAGAUAAUUCACCCGAACCUUGGGCCAUGUUCUAUGCUUGUGAAGCAUAAAGAGCAGUCCAACAAUUGGAAAGGGUCUCUAGGGCCACAAAUUGAAGAAAAUGUACUACAAAAUAUUGUCAAGGGUGAAGUGUAUCCAGUUACUCCUUUCAUGAAUGGCAUUUUUAGGCAAAUGUUUGGAAUCCCUUGUGAACAUGCGACAACUGUUAUUCUCUCCAUUGGCCACAAUGUUGCUGAUUUUGUUGAUGAAUGCUACAAAUUCCCAAUGCAAGACUUGAUCUACGCGGGCUUUUUCUCUAGUAUUGAGACCCAUGACAUGCCAAUUGUGGAUGACCAUGGAGUUGUACGAUCCAUAACGGGUCAGGUUUUCUUAUCUCUUAAGCCUCCUUAUGCAAAACGUCCUCCCGGAAGACCAAGGAAGAAGCGCAUCGAGUUCCAAUUUCAAGAUAAAUAG